GCAGAAAUCGAGCAAGACGAGCAGUUCGAGCGCCACAAGGCCUUGAAUGGACGUUUGCGUGUAAACUUUGCAUUGCGCCGGACGGACGCCAACGGCGACGCGCUCGCGGGCCGUCGAGCCCCAAUGUUCCUUUAGAAAAAGCCGGCACCGUGUGUGUUCCCACACGAGAGGCACGCACACGAGCGCCGCUCAGCGCGCACACCAUUGCACCGCGGGGAGGCGUGAUGAGUGAAGUGUCCGACUUGAAUGCGGCGACACUGGCCAAAAAAAAUAUUCCGACCAGGAGCGCUUGCAAGGCGACGAGUCCGAGUUGAGGGCGACAUCAAAAAACACAUGCCAGCGGAGAACAACGCCGCCGUCAUCUUGACAACGGUUCCGCUGCACGGCGCAAACAAGAAAGCAGCCGAGCAAAAAGCAAAAAGAACUCGGCCAAGCGCAAAAAGUAGGAAGCAUUGGCUGCAGGAAGACAACAAAAAGUUUGUGUUCUUGUUGGAAUGUUUCUCGUCGGCGCGGAGCGCGGCCUGGUCGAGGCCCGUCCCCCGCCCCUUCCGUGACGCGGACUUCAAAGCACAGCCAACGAUCGCGGGCUCCGCGGACCGGCCGUCAGCGCCACCUUUGAUCGUCUUCUUAGUGUGUAGUCUCCAGUGCAAGAAGUGAUGACAUGAUGGCGGCGUCCGAGUCAGACUAGUGUUACUGGGGGAUUUCGCUAGAACUCUCAGUCGCCGUCUCGGGGCAAUUCCUGGACCAGUGCGUUGGGAUUUCGGCACGAAAGACAAACGGUUGGAGUGAAAAGUGACAACAGGAAUUCGGUGCAAGUGCUUGGCAGCGCGACAAUACUUUGAUUGAUUCGCCUCGAAUCGGUGAUGUGACAGUGUCCGAGUGGAACGGUUGCGAGAUAAUUGCCCGGUGAAAGAUAAAUUCGGCUGCGAAGUGUGGUGCGUACUGCUGGGUGUGCUCAAGGAUGACGCAAAGUGUCAAUUAUAGUUCUAAGAAGUGGCUCCGGGGAUAUUUUUAACGGUCAGGCUCAGUGCGCUACAGUUUGCAUAGUGUAGAGAGAUUCAAGAUACUUUCAUGAUGCUUUGAUUUUUGCAAAAGUAUCUACCCAAAAUUUGGCAGAUGUGUAAUUAGUCAGUGUUUGCAAUUAUUUGGGAUUUCGCUGAAGCAGAUGUAAAACAAACAUAAAAAGUGUAUCAUACAAAAAUAAUUAUGCAAGAAGUGUGUAGUAGUAUAGAUCCGGCCCAAAUGGGCCAACAAAUCAAAUCAGAAUCUCCUCUUAACCCUUUACAAGUGCAAUCGAAUCAAGCGGUUAAUUCGCAUCCCGGCAAAAUGGGACCCAACUGUGAUAAACGUGCAGAUACUGCCUACUGGAUGACCACUGAGAGUGGCUUCAUCAACUCGCAGCCAUCGAUGGCUGAGUUUCUGAAUCACCUAAGUCCGGAAAGUCCGAAAAUCGGCACAACACCCGGAUAUCCGGUUCCAGUGGCAGCAGAUGGAAUGGAUUCGGUGCCAGAGUAUCCUUGGAUGAAGGAGAAAAAGACAUCGCGGAAGAACAGCAAUCAAGCUCCAGCUGAAUUUGUUCCAGAAAACGGUCUGCCCCGGCGCUUACGAACGGCAUACACAAAUACCCAAUUGCUGGAGCUAGAAAAGGAAUUUCAUUUCAAUAAAUAUUUAUGUCGCCCGCGAAGGAUCGAAAUUGCAGCCAGCUUAGACUUAACGGAGAGACAGGUAAAAGUAUGGUUCCAAAAUCGCCGAAUGAAACAUAAACGGCAGACAUUAUCGAAAAAUGAUGAGGACGGCGAUGGGAAGGAUAGUUUAAAAGGUGAUGAUGACAAUCAAUCUGACAGUAACUCAAAAUCGAAGAAAUCAUGUCAAGGAUGCGAAUUGCCGUCUGAUGAUAUUCCGGAUUCAACGUCAAAUUCUAGAGGUCAUAAUAACAAUACCCCUAGUGCAACAAAUAAUAAUCAAAGUACAGGGAAUUCUACGCCUAAUUCUACAUUAGAAUCUGGUAUUUCAACAAAUAAUCCUGGCAGCAGUAGCGUUUCAGGAUCAAAUGUGAUUAGUGCUGAUUCCAGUGUAGCGUCCAGUGUUAGUAUCGAAGACGAUGAAGAAAGUCCGGCCAAAGUGAAGAAAAAGGAUGAAAAUCAUGUGAUUAAGAAAGAAGCCGUGUCAACUUCAUCGAAACAGCCAGUUUUCAACAACUACGAGAUCUACAGACGCGACUCAGAGCCUUCGCACGUCAUUCCCACAGCAGCGCCUGGCGCAUUAGGUGCAAAUCCCCACCCUGCUCAGUUUCCAGUGCCGUUGCAACCGUCACAACCACCGAUUAAAUCUAACUCGCAUAAUAUGACGAAAAAUCGUUUUCAAUCAGCGGCAAAUAGUGUCCAAGAAGGAUAUUUUCCCAGCUAUUACCAGCAGCAAAAGCAACAACAGGACUUCUACGGCAGCAAGUACGACGGGGAAUUUGGCUCGCACCAACAGAAAAUUAUUCCACCCCCGCAGCCCCAUGUGGCGAACGAAUUUAUUCCGCAAAAGCCGGAUUUCCCGCACCAGAGUCACAUGAGGCCAGACUUCAAUUCAAAAUCACACGAUUUCCAUAUGAAAUCGCACCAAGGCUACCACCAGAAUUCCGCUACGUACUAUAAUCACAUGCAGGAGUCCAGUUGUGGACCUAUUCAGUACCCGAACCAAUUCUACCACAACGAGUAUGAACCGGGUCACAUUAACUCCUCCACGGGCUCAUCGACCGGAAGUUACUACGACCCAAAGUCGCAAACCAGCUACUACGAUGGGUUGAGUUACCACCAGGCUGCGCCGGGACCGAACGCUGGUGGUGGUCCGGAAUAUACCGAUUCGUACAUGGCGCCAUCUGCGAACGUGCCUGUGGACAGUUGUGAGUCGUACUUCAAUCCAUACUAUGAUAGCCAGCACGCAAACCAGAUUCCGGUUCACGGCCCACAUCCGGGUGUGCAUCAACAGCAAAUACACAAUCCCGGAUUCGUUAAUGGGGCUGGUGCUGGUCAAAACUACAGUGGAAGCUUGAACCCGAACGGAAACAUGAAUGGAAUGGAGAAUUCGAACAGUUCGUCGGAUUUCAACUUUUUGAGUAAUUUAGCGAAUGACUUUGCACCUGAGUAUUAUCAGUUGAGUUAGUUACAGUUUUAAGGGUGACGCAUUGUGUCCUGUUGUUGAAGCACGUGUUGGAGUAAUUGAUACGAUAUUGUAAUACAGUAAUAGUAAUAAUUCCCUCUACCGAAUAGACGUCCUGUAAAUGUUACAAAUAUCGACUUGUAUGUAGGUGCGCGCACUUUUCAGCGAUUCUUUUGUUUGUUUUUUUGUUGGAAAAUCCAGCUUACAUAUUUAAAAGUACUAAAUAAUGUGCUCUCAUUGUCCCAUCUAUCAGGUCCAUUCAAUCUUUGUUGAUCAAAUUAUAAAAGCUUCUGUAGGCUGGUAUCUAUCUACGCUAACCGGAAAGAUAUUCUCAAAUUAAAACUAAAUUGCAAUAGAAAGUGCAUUAUGGUUUCCAGCCCCUUUUGGUAUUUCGACUUCCGUUUUCUUAGUUUUUAGCACAUGAAAUUUCGCAGCAAGAAUGGAGCCUUGAAUACUUUGCCAUAGUAAAGAGCAGGUUGAUAUGAGAAGAUUUCACUGUAAAGCAAAAAAGAUAUUCCUUAAGCCCUCGGUGGGAUCACUGUCUUAUUAAGUGUAAGCGAAAUGUAAAAAAUUAAUUACUUAAGAGCAAUUAACAGCUAAAGUAUUUGCUAGGACGUAGUAGACUUAAGAACUAGAAAUACGGAAACAUUUGAUGAAAGUAGGAGGUUCGUGUAGGACGUAUGAAAUAGGAAUUAAUUAUGACGAUAAUGUUUAAUCACAAGAAUUACUUGGAAUAUUGUAAAUACUUUAAUAAA